GAUGUCUGUGCAUAUGAAUACAAAGACGGCCCAGGUCCCAACUGCAACCAUAUUGCCUUUGAUCUUAAAGGCAGCCCCAAAAGCCCCUGGAACGAUAAAGUCGUUGGCUUGCUCCUUGAAGAAUUGCAUAGAAGGGGUGACCAAGAGAGCUGGCCAUUCCGAAGAUCAGAGGCGUAUUUUAAGGAAGUUCUUCAAGACCGCUACAAGCGCCUCUGUACAGUCUGGAUGGCUGCACAACCAAAGGUUAUAGCAAAGGGUGGACUGGAGACUCCUGCAGAGGUAGAACAAAGGCUAAUCAUGAAGAAGGAUGAGUCUUUGAAAGUGACUCGUCAGACAACGCGUCGAAAAAAUACUGACGAGGAUGAGGAAGACCUCCCGGCCUGGCAGUGGCUUCAGAAACUGGUCAGGACAUUAGGAGAAGCCGGCAUGAGUUCAGAGGAGAGUGACAUCGAAAAUGAUAUCGAAACGGUUCUUCGUGUCAAGAACAUGACUUGGCGCCAUGUGAUCGAAUGGGAAUUGGAUAUUAUUGAUCACCAAAGAAUGCUGGAUCAUGAUAUUUUCGCGCCUCAAGGUUCAAAGCCGAUGAAACGGAUACGCUCAUCUGGUAAUCCGAAGACAUCCAGAACAGAAAUGGACGGCUUGCCUAAAGCGCUGUACAACGAGGAAUGGCUUGCGGGUUUGACAAAACGUCAAAUUGAGAGGUUAUCUAUCUCAGAUGAGAAGUUUAAUUGGUUGAGAGUCGCGGUAGCAUAGUGCUGAACGAUGUAAUAAUGCAGUCGAAGUACAGAAACGC